AUGCGCAUUCACUCAGCAUUCGGAGCGCUACUGCUCUUCCUCACAUCAUUGGCUCUUGCCACUCUGCCUCCUGGGGACUGGUCGGGGGAGACCACCAUCACUGUCACUGCUUCCAUGUCGACCACUCACACCGUCACGAAAUAUCUGACGUACGCAAACGCCACUACGACUUCCAGUAGUUCCUCCGUCACCCCGACAGGCUGGAACGUGACCUCGAGCUACCUCACGGGAGCAAGCACAGUUCACAGCCCAGCCCUGACCGCUUCCGUUUCAGCGACAUCCAGCGUCUUCCCGCCUAUUGCCUCGGCCACUGGCGCAGCCAGCUCGCUAGAGAUGAACCUCGCCGUGGCCGGUCUCGCUGGCGCUGCGGCCUUGUUCUGGGGCUCAUUAUAA